AUGGGCUAUCUAUCUUGGGCAACCUUCAAGGAGAAUUGUCUGAAGCCAAAUCCAAUUAAGGUAGGUCUAGACUUGGAGCAUGGUUAUGCAAGAAGCAUCACGCGGUUUGCAGCAGAUCUUGGGCCUGUAGUUUGGAAGAUUGCUUCAAAUAAAAUUGAAAGAGUUUUGCCCGUUGGACUGAAGUUUGGUCCUGGAUGGAUAGGAGAAAACGAGGCAUUAAAGCACAUGCAGUCUUUAUUUACUGAGGAGAAAUCUUCAGUGAGCUCAAUACCAGAUGACAAUGCAAGCAAACUUCUCCAUCACAGCAGAUCCGACUCGAACUCUGUAUUUGCAAAUGGAUUUUUGUGGCAAGGUCGAGAAGACUUUGGAAGCACAGAUUUAGAUUCUCGAAGUGAGUUGGUUUCACUGAAGAGUAGUAUUGGAGGUAUAGAACCUGUGCCUCCUUUUGGAAUUCAGCAGAAACACACAAUUUCUUCUGAUAUCAAUGGAUUAAAUGGUGGGUUUGGGUCAGAUUUUUCAUCACAAAUCAGGAUGGUAAGACUUGCCACACUAACUGGAAUGCCUGUUUCUGAUGAUACUUCAGUGCCUGCGCAAAUGCUUGGUAUAGAUUCAAGUGGAAACACUACCAUCUGCCCAAUGUCUAGAAACAAUCACGAAUCAAAUGAAGCCAGAUUUUCUGAAACUGCAAGAACACAUUCUGGGAAUUUAUUGGCCCUGGGCUCUGGUCUCAAGUCACCCGGAACACCAGAACUGGUGCUUGGUGGGAAAGCAUCUUGGCAGAGAUCCGCAAUGCAUGAUAAGCAUGAUUCGUUUUCUUUUCCUCCCGACUUAAAUGUGAGCUUUCGGCAAACAGGUUCACAUAGUUCUAAUGUCCAGAUUGACGGACCUCAGCAGCCGGAUUUGGCAUUGCAGCUCUGA